AUGGCUCGCUUCGAAGAGGAACUAUCCAACCGGCGUGGAGGGGUCUGUCAAGCGGGCCCACCAAGGGGGGCAGGCCGGCCAGCAGGCCCCCCAAGCGGCCCUAGGGUGUACAAACAAUCAAUGGCCCAAAGAGCCAGGACAAUGGCCAUUUACAACCCCAUCCCUGUCAAGCAGAGCUGUCUUACUGUCAACCGGUCUCUCUUCAUCUUUAGUGAGGAUUGUAUCAUAAGGAAAUAUGCCAAAAAGAUCACUGAAUGGCCAUAUCCUUUGUUGCUUUAAACAACCUAGCCUAUUUCUCGUUCCAUUAUUUUAUUAUAAGAUUAUAGGUCUACGUGGUUUUGAAUGGCUUGAUGUUAUUGAGAACAGGGGGCAAGGUUACAGACUAUAGGGCAUGAUUAUCUAAGUUAAUUUACUGUAGCCAAUGAGAAGAUAUGGCAUGGAGGACAACCAGCUGUUGACUGGAGUUUGUAAUACAGUAUAACCACUCUCAGUAGGCCUAUAACCACUCUCUCAGAUGAGAGGACCCACUCCAAUAGGUUAUUGUAGGUGAUACUGUUGAGUUUUUUGGCAAGAUUCCAGUUUUCUCCAACUUUUGGCAUCCUCUCUCUGGUAGGCCUACAUGCAGCUAAGUUGCCUAACAAGAACCUGUCAGAGUGGUGUUCCUGAUCUGUGGCAUAAAUCGGAUCUAUGGCUACAGAACAAUUAAGACAAAGGUUUUGUUUGUUGUCUUUUUCAACCCGAAUGGCAGUGUAGUGAAAAUCUUGUCAGCAGGAUAAUUUGAUUGGUUUUGUAAAGCACCAUCAAUUAUAGGUGAGGCCUAUACUCAUUUUACGUUCUACUUACCUAAUGCAUUUGAUUCCGGUAUAUGGGCUAAGUAAACAAGCCUGUAUGAUAGUCUGCCCAAGGGACGGCUGUAUCGAUCCGUUUGUUUCUCGGACCAAGUCUCUCCUAGCAACGGUUCAGCACAAGCGCUCUCCAAGGUGCUGCAUUUACCCAUGUGCAAAAUGCUGCUCAAUAGUAGGCCUAAAUGGCAAGCUAGCGGGAAGACACAUACAGACAGUCUAUUCUGCGUGGGUGUCACAUCAAAACAAUAAUCCAUGAGAAUAAAUGGAAAUGAGUUGUGGAUUUAGCGUAGUUUACAAAACCAAUUGAUUUCAUUCAUGGCAAAAUGUAUCAUUAUUGUCCUUUAUGUCCCAUAAAAUGCUAGGUAGAAGUAUAUAUAUUUUUUUUAUGUUGGCAGCCACCUGUUGAUAUGAGAUAUUUUAUAUAAUUUGCCAAAUGAGGGACAUCCUCUGCAGCUUGUGAAACCUGUGCAUCAGUGGAGGCUGCUGAGGGGAGAACAGCUCAUAAGAAUGGUAGGAAUGGAGCAAAUGGAAUGGCAUCAAACACCUUGAAACCAUGCUUUUGAUGUAUUUGAUACCAUUCCACAGAUUCCACUCCAGUCAUUACCAUGAGCCCGUUCUCCCCAAUGAAGGUGCCACCAACCUCCUGUGCUGUGCAUAGGCCUCCUAGAGAAACAGUCAACCCUGAAGCACUAUUUCAUGAGAUUGGGAUAAUGAACCUGUGAGGUAUUGCAAUUCAUUUACAUUCAUUUGUGUAAUGGCAUCCAUUACUUACAUAACUGCUUGGUUAACUCUGGUGCUGAGUAAACACUUCUCAACUUUUAGCUUACCUGUGCAUUUCCAAGCCACAUGCACAGUAUUUUUCUCCCUUGAGUUAGAUUAUAGGUUCAUGGGAGCCAUUGUAGCAAGAAAGUCCUGCCCUAGGCCAGUGAAUGAUGUUUUUUUAUCUGUUGAUGUACUGUACCCCAUUGCCUGAGGUGAGAUGCUAGUCCUCUGUGCACCACAGUCUCCUGAGGAGAUAGCCUCCAUAAACAACCAUGCGAUGACAUGGAUAGCAGCAACUGAGACAUCAUGGAAGUCAGCAACUGACAAAUCACUCAGUUCCCUCAGUCACACAUGUUUAGUGUCGUGACACUGAGAUCCAGUUCAACUGAAAAUGACGUUUUGGUACUCUCUUAGAAAAAAGGUGCUAUCUAGUAGGGUUGCACGAUAUUGGAAAUAACUGACAUUGCGAUAUUUUGUUUUUCUGCGAUAUAUAUUGCGAUAUGAAAAAAUACAGGAUGUAUGUAUGAUCCUCUGGGAAAAAUGCAGUUUGCAAACAGCGACUUUUCAGGUGGAAGUCCUGAUUAAUAAAGUGUAUGGUCAGACUUAUGUAGGGCUCCGUUGUCCGGCUGGACCACAAGUCCGUUGUUGCUGUAUAAUAUUCCACUUGUGACAGCUCUGUUUCAACUUGUGCCUUGCAUUUCUCGUAAACUCUGGGAUGGCAACUUGAGAAAAAUAGUUGCGUGAUGGCAUUACAUACCUCUUGUCAAGCGACCGGAUCAUGUUUUUAAAACCCUCUUUGUAACCGUGUUAUUUGGUGCCAUGUCUUUGGCGACGUGAAAUGUUAUUGAAUCUGUGAUUUCUCUCUGCCGUUUGGAACCUUUCUCGUAUGGUGUAAUAGUGGCAAAGGCAUCUGAAAUAGAUGUUUGCUUUGGAGGGCAUUGAGAUGCUUUGCACUCGUCAUACGAAGAUUUGUGGUGCCGCCUUAAAUGAUCGAACAAAUUGGUCGUGUUGCCUCGUGUUGUGGCAACAAUUGCAAGGCACUCUCGACAAAGUACCUGUUUUUGGUCAACAUCAUCCUGUCUGUAGCCGAAAUAUUUCUAUAUAAUUGACGAUUCAUUUCUUUUUGCAACCAAAUUCUCAAUUUCGGUCUUUUUUGCCUGUUCCUCGCUCAUCAUUUCGUCACGCGCAAGCAGAGCCUGCAUGUCAACCACGUGCAGCAACGAACUCCGUGUUUAAAAUAAUAAUAAUAAUAAUAAUAAUAAACUGUGUAUCCAAUAACCCAUAAAUCGGAGUAAAUUACGUUAUAUCAGACAGAUAUAAUGCUAGUUUAACAUUUAAAAAAAAAAUAUAUUGUAGACUGAUAUAUGUUUACCUUACUAAAUCGCACGUUCUGCGAUGUGACUCUUGCAGAUGCAUACAUCGCAAUGUCGAUGCUGAAACGAUAUAUCGUGCAGCCCUUCUAUCUAGAACCAAAAAUGAUUAUUUGGCUGUUCCCAUAGGAGAACCCUUUCAAGAACCCUUUUUGGUUCCAGGUAGAACACUUUUGGUUCCAGGUAUAACCCUUUUGGGUUCCAUGCAGAACCCUUUCCACAGAGGGUUCUACAUGGAACCCAAAAUAGUUCUACCUAGAACCAAAAAGGGUUCUACCUGGAACCAAAAGGGUUCUCCUAUGGGAACAGCCGCAGAACCAUUUUGGAACCCUUUUUUCUAAGAGUGUAGCUUACUGCUGCAUAUAUGCUUUGCCAUUAUGCUUCAGCUCUUGUAUAAUUUAGGGUACCUACUGUUGAGGAGCUUUUCAAUAUGGUAAUUGCACAAAUAUUUCUAUCAGGGAUGCUUUUCUUUUACUUCCUUUAGGUCCCAGUCUUCUGUUUCCUCCUGCUCCUCCUCCUCCUCCUGCUCCUCCUGCUCCUCCUCCUCCUCCUCCUCCUCCUCCUCUUCCUCCUCCUCCUCCUCCUCCUCCUCCUCCUCAUCAUCUUCUUCUUCUGUUAGAAUGUAUUGCAGAUGGUAGGUACUGUAUGCCUAACGUUACAAAGUAUGUUUUUCUUAACUGUCUCACUCCAUUUGAAUACCUGAUCCUGGCCACCAUUAUAGCCAACUGCAUCGUCCUUGCCUUGGAGCAGCACCUACCAGCCGGCGACAAGACACCCAUGUCCGAGCGCUUGGUAAGUGACCACCGCAUGGGUCACAUGUACCAUACCAAUAUUAUAUCAUUUUGGAUUAUUGGUUAACUACACUCCUCUCUCCAAGUGAAAAAUAGGUUUCAGUCAUUAUAUUCUCACAUACAGGAAUAAUAUCUAUAUACAGUACUAGUGUUACAGAUUUUAAUGACACAACCCAUCAGCAGCUUAUGAGGAAGAGGAUGGGGAAGGGGGAGGGGAGGGAGGGGGGGAUGUUACCCAUGUAGGCAGCUGGGGUUUCUCACCAGUUGUUCUCAGUUAGUUAACCAGUAUCACACAGAGGUGCCUUUCAUGCCCCUGCUUAAAGCCACUUUAGGCUCCCUAUUGAACUCUGUUGUUAAGUAGUGCCAUUAAAAGGGUAAAUUGCUGUGAGCUCCUCCACCCAAUCAAAUAGACUUAGCUGGUUGGGGCACGCUGGUCAUUUUAAGAAUGAAAUGUCACUCCCUUCAGGCAAAGUGCCUCACUGCUGCACCCACUCUAAUUGAUCCGCUCCCCCAGAUAGACCAAGGCUCUGUCUGACAUAUUGACGUGACUCACUCCAUCAUGAUAUUAAGCCAUCAAAUUGCUUUUGAACUCACAUUCAGUUCAUAAUUGUACAAAAAAAUCACAUUAUAAACUAAUGAUGAUGGAUAUCAAUGGUCACUUACAUUCUCAGCCUCUCUUGUCUUAACAGGAUGACACAGAGCCCUAUUUUAUUGGAAUAUUUUGUUUUGAAGCUGGCAUUAAGAUCAUCGCCCUUGGCUUUGCGUUUCACAAAGGCUCCUAUCUCCGGAAUGGCUGGAAUGUAAUGGACUUUGUGGUGGUGCUAACAGGGUGAGUACUGAGCUAAUGGCUCAUGCUAAAUGUUCAUGCUGCUUUAAAAUGACAGACCUGAUCCUCAGUGGAUUAAUGAGAAAGCACAAUGUUAAUGUGUGUGGUGUGUGUUGUGUGUGUGUUUCAAUUUACAUGUCUUAUGCUCAUGAUGGAUCGUGAUGCACUGGAGACACUGGGAAUGGCGGAACUCCGUUGGAUAGAUCAUCCUCUUCUUUUAGACAUAACUGUAUGAUUGCAUAUAUAUGCAGUUAUAAAACAAAUAUUGUCUGGAAUAGAUAUUCAGGGAAACAAUACAGGAUGCUAUGGUAAACAAUACCAUAGAAAGAAGAGGGCCACAAAAGUAGAAGUGCUUGCACUGAGAGAGGAGUAGAGGAGCUAGAAUAUCAGUGAGACAAUAGGAGUGGAACUACGGGUGGCAGAGGAGCAUAAGGUAACUACUGUAGGCUUUCAGUGAGGGACCAUGAGGGGAAGGAUGAAGGGGAGGAGGAGGGAGUGGAGCGAGUGGAGGAGGGGUAAUGACGAGGAUGCUGUUACGCUGGAGAGAGUCCCAGGGGAGUUGCUAGCGUCACCAGGGAGUGUCCUGGCUUGCUGUACCUAUUGGCUCUGAGAUUUAUUUGGCCCAUCUAUUGGGGCUUACAUCAGCUUUGACACCUAAUUGCAAUAAACCGAUUCUCUGGAAGCCCUACUCCACCCACUUGGAAGUCAAUCUCAGUGUUCCAACCUUUUGUUCUUGCUCAGUGAACGUAGGGGGAACCAGCCAAUGGCAAUGUAAUAAGCCCAAUUCCUGGAACUGGUCUUGUUUCAGAGUAACCAUCACACAAAGCCUUGUGUGUGUGAGAGCUGUAGAGACAAAGGUAGCGAGCGGUCUGUCUGUCAAUACAGUGUGUUGUUAGGGCUAUUGACAGCUUGUCACAGACUCUACAUGGACCUGCCACCAUCACUGAACACACAGGGCAUCAGUCUGCUCUGCUUCCAUAUUCUCUGCUACUACUUGUGGAUAGGGCUGACUGGGGAGGGAGGAGGGGAGUCAAGGCUGAUUUAA